AUGACCCGCUACUGGAUGUUAGAACUAAAGAAGUGGGCCUGGGACUUCGGCGGCGGCGGCGGCCCCUGGGCGGGUGGCGUCGCGCCGCCCGAGGCGCGGGAGGAGAAGGUGGUGUACUCACGCUCGCAACUGUCGCUGGCCGACAGCACCAAGGCGCUGGGCGACGCCUUCAAGCUGUUCAUGCCCAGCAGCACGGAGUUCAUGAGCUCUGAGGCGGAGGUCUGGAGCUUCCUGUGCAGCCUCAAGCACCAGUUCUCCCCGCACAUCCUGUGCAGCAAGGAAGUCUAUGGCUACUCCUCCUGCUGGGCCCUGGUGCCCGACCCCGCCGAGCCCCCCGCCGCCCGCAGCCGCCCGCGCCGGCCCGGCCCGCGCGCCUCGGCCAGGAGGAGGCGCCAUGGAGUCUCCGCGGCCCCCGCGGCCCAGAGGAAGCCGCGGCCGCCGCCGGCUCCCGGAGAGCCGGGCCCCGCCCGGCCCGGGGAGCCCAGACCCUGCAGCUUCGGGGGUCGCAGCCUGCAGGAGAUCUGGAGGGCCGCCACCCCGAUGCUGACCACCUUCCCCACCAUCCGCGUCGGCGACGACGUGUGGGGCGAGCGCAGCCUGGCGGCUGCGCGGUGCCGAGCGAGCCAAGUCCUGCGCGUGGACCUGGAACCCGUGGUGAGGCUGCGCUGCUUCCGGGUGCCGCGGGCGUGA